GGGCCGGGGGCGGCGGCCUGGCGGGGCGCACUCCGCCACUGAGGUGCGGGAGUUUAGAGCGCGUCCGCUCAGCUGGCGGCUACGGGAGAGAGGCGUGCGGGUCGGGAUGUCAGAACAGUCUACGGUCCCCGAGCAGAGCGCGUCGGACUCGCGGCGCGCAGGCUUCGUGCUGGGGGUGGACGUAGGCAGCUCGAUGAUUCGCUGCCACGUCUAUGACCGCGCGGCACGAAUCUGCGGCUCCAGCGCGCAGAAGGUAGAAAGUCUUUAUCCUCAGCCUGGCUGGGUUGAAAUUGAUCCUGAUGUUCUCUGGCUUCAGUUUGUUGCUGUAAUAAAAGAAUCUGUCAAAGCUGCAGGAAUAGAAACGAAUCAAAUUGUUGGUCUUGGCAUUUCAACACAGAGAGCAACUUUUAUCACAUGGGACAAGAAAACGGGAAAGCAUUUCCACAACUUCAUUAGUUGGCAAGACCUACGAGCUACUGAACUUGUAAAAUCUUGGAAUAGUUCUCUUUUAAUGAAGCUCAUACACAGUUCCUGCCGAGUACUGCACUUUUUCACUAGAAGUAAACAAUUUCUAGCAGCCAGUUUGUUCACUUUCACAACUCAGCAUGUUUCUUUGAGAUUGGCCUGGAUUUUGCAGAACCUGACUGAGGUGCGAAAGGCAGUGGAAGAAGAAAAUUGCUGCUUUGGGACUGUUGAUACCUGGUUGUUACAUAAGCUCACAAAAGGUUCUGAAUUUGCCACAGAUUUUUCAAAUGCCAGCACAACUGGACUUUUUGACCCAUAUGAGAUGUGUUGGAGCAAGAUCAUUACCUCCCUGCUUUCAAUCCCGCUCUCUCUCCUGCCUCCUGUGAAGGAUACGAGCUACAAUUUUGGAUCAGUGGAUGAAGAGAUAUUUGGUGUGCGUAUACCAAUAGUGGCCUUGGUCGCUGACCAGCAAUCAGCCAUGUUUGGAGAAUGCUGCUUUCAGACAGGAGAUGUGAAGUUAACCAUGGGAACUGGGACGUUUUUAGAUAUUAAUACUGGAAAUAACCCUCAACAGAGUGUUGGAGGCUUUUAUCCAUUAAUUGGGUGGAAGAUCGGGCAAGAAGUGGUGUGCUUAGCUGAAAGCAAUGCGGGAGAUACGGGCACUGCCAUAGAGUGGGCUCAACAGUUAGAUCUGUUCACAGAUGCUGCUGAAACUGAAAAAAUGGCCCAAAGCUUGGAAGAUUCUGAAGGAGUUUAUUUUGUUCCAUCUUUUAGUGGAUUGCAGGCUCCAUUAAAUGACCCCUGUGCAUGUGCCUCUUUUAUGGGUUUGAAGCCUUCCACCAAUAAAUACCACCUUGUUCGAGCAAUAUUGGAGUCUAUAGCUUUCAGAAACAAACAGUUAUAUGAGAUGAUGCAGAAAGAGAUCCAUAUUCCUGUAAGAAAAAUCCGGGCAGAUGGAGGAGUUUGUAAGAACAGUUUUGUUAUGCAGAUGACUUCAGACCUAAUUAAUGAGACUAUAGACAGACCCGUCCACAUUGAUAUGUCCUGCUCAGGCGCAGCUUCUCUAGCUGGCCUUGCUGUUGGGUUUUGGAGUGACAAGGAGGAGCUAAAGAAACUGAGGCAAAGUGAAAUGGUUUUCAAGCCCCAGAAGAAAUGGCAAGAAUAUGAAGUAAAUAUGGGGAACUGGGUCAAAGCCGUGAAACGCUCCAUGAAUUGGUAUAAGACGUAAUACUGGUGGAAUGACUGAAACCACGGAGGGCUGAUCAUCGGAGGGCUGAUCAUCGGAGGGCUGAUCAUCGUUAUGUGCAGCUGAGACAAAGCUCAGGAAUAACAAUGAGACCGACCCUGACCAAGAAAAGACUUAAACUGAGCUUUGCAACCCCAGAGAAAAAGCAUUGCUUUUUGUAAAACAAAACAAAAUACUCAUUAAAAAAAGAAAAAUCUAAACCUUGGUGAGAGAUUGUAAGGCAACAAUACCUCAGAAUUUCUGAAUCUUCGUUUUGUACCAAAUUCUAAAGGACAUUAGCCAUUUCCAACCAUGUUUUGAGUCUCACGGGGCCUCCUCCUUUUUAUACUGUGCCUGAAUGAAAUAAUUGUUUACUGUCUGAGUUAAUUGUUCCAGGUCAAGCAUCAUUCAUGUUUUGUUCCAAAAUGAUGUGGAAAGUGUUCCCUUAAUUCUUUAAAAUUGAGUGAGCUACUCAAAGUCCAUAUAGAUAAAAAGAAAGAAAAUGACUGAGGAAAGUGGAAUUUUGAAACAUCAGUAUUUUUUGUUUAAAGCCAUAAUCAUUCAAUGUUGUAUCCAAUAGUAACUCAAUAUGUCUCUCUCAGGCUUAUUUGAUGGCCAAUUGUUUCCUUUAUUGAGCUUAAAGGCACUGCCUUAAUUUUCCCUUGUUUAAAAAGCUGAGCUUUUUUUAUAUAUUGCAAAACUCUGAAAAAAAAUAAUUUUAGUUAAUAAAACCAAAAAGGUUAUCGAUUCAUAAGGAACAAGAAAGUACUGGGUUGGCCAAAAGUUUCCGUAGCAUUUUAUGGAAAAUCCUGAAUGAACUUUUUGGCCAACCCAAUACUUCUCAGAUAGCAUUUCUUUCAAAAAUUUCUGGCUGAAGUAUAACAUCUCAUUUUUUAUAAAAUGCAGGUAGUAAGUAUAAAUCUUGCCUUUCUUCUCUUGUUCUUUAUUUGUUGAGAUGCUAGUAUAAACAUCUUUUGUUUUUAUUAAGUGCCUAGUUGACAGAGCUUCCUUUGAAGACAGUGCCCUAAUUGAUUGGCGACUCAAGGAUUGCCUUCACUGGGGUAUUUUACUUGUGUGUUGGUGUCUUAUUUUAGUCCAGUCUACUCAUCUCACCAAGAUCCCUGCUGACAGGAUGGGAAUGCAGUUGUGUUAGUGACUGCCCCUCACGCACUGAGCCAGAGAUCACAGGGAGGAGCAGGGAGAGGUCUCCAUUGUCAAACUCUAUAGAAACAAGGUUGAGGGGUGAGAGUUGUGAGAAGCUUCAGGCCAGGUGUAAAGUCAUCCUAAGACAAGUUGAUCACCUUCCAGCAUGUUCUCAUGUUAUUUGCCCCUCCCUACUUAUGGACUGGGUUCCUUUUUUUUUUUUAAUUGAUUACAACGAUCAAUUAAAUAUAAUUGAUUUA